AUGAAGGAUAUGCACAACGACAACGACCCCCAGUUCAGACGAGAUGUCACAAUGUACAGGGAACUCGCAUGUCAUUGGAUAGCUCAGGAAAGAGAAGCCCGACGGACACAGCUACACAUUGGUGCCGCUCAAUACAGUAAUGAUCCUCUUCCACGCGCAUUCCCAUUCGGACACUUCACCAUGACGGAGACCAUCAGAUGGCUGGAUGACGUUCGUCGGCAUAACCACCAAGCAACGCUGGUGUUCCGUGGCUUGCCCAACGUGACGAACGGGACGAGCUGGGCACCAUUCGUAUGGCAGUUAUAUUCUGGGGAAGUUAUCCUCGGACAUGUCGAAUUGGACGCGCGGCUGUUCUUCGACCCCGAACCUCUUUUGUCCUGGGAUGCGGAUUUCGUCCUGGAGUCGAUGAUGCAGUCGUUGAGCCAAGGCCGACAGCUACGCGUAUCAAGCAGGAUAGAAGAAGGCUUCCCACAAAAUGUCCAAGUAUUCGAAAUACGCACCUUUGACAAUGGCUUGCUCCGAGAAUUAGGCCGAAGAUAUAUCCAUAAGCGCGUGUGUUCGAUAUGCCAUCGGGCGCUGCCACCGACGGGCCCGCAACAAUGUCUUUAUCAUUGA